CCACCGCAAGCGUCGUCUUGGCGCUCGGAGCUCUCGACGUCGAUUUCGGCCACCUUGUAAACUUCUCGAGUCCAUUCCUUUCCGUAAUACCCCCUAUUCCUCUCUCUCACAAUUCAUUAUGCUUCAAGUGCCAGUGCGGGGAGAUCCCAACCAGUCCUCCACCAAGGCUGUGAUCUUGGUCGGAGGGCCUUCCAGAGGUACUCGUUUCCGCCCAUUGUCGCUCGAUGUGCCCAAGCCCCUGUUCGAAGUCGCCGGCCACCCCAUCAUCAACCACUGCCUGAAGGCGGUCGCCAAGGUCCCUGAUGUGCGCGAGGUUAUUCUGAUCGGAUACUAUGAUGAGACCGUCUUCCGGGACUUUAUCAAGGAUGCGUCAAAGGAGUUCCCUCAGAUCCGCAUCCAGUACCUGCGGGAGUACACAGCGUUGGGCACCGCAGGUGGAUUGUACCACUUCCGUGAUGCGAUCCUCAAGGGCAAGCCCGAGCGCCUGCUUGUGCUGAACGCCGAUGUCUGCUGCUCGUUCCCUCUGGGUGAGAUGCUGCGCUUGUUCGAGGAAAAGGAUGCAGAGGCCGUGAUUCUGGGUACUCGGGUAACGAACGAGGCUGCCUCCAACUUUGGCUGCAUCGUGUCCGAUUCCCACACCAAGCGUGUUCUGCACUACGUCGAGAAGCCCGAGUCCCACAUCUCCAACCUCAUCAACUGCGGCGUCUACCUGUUCGCCACCGAGUGCAUCUUCCCCGCCAUUCGCAGCGCCAUUAAGCGCCGCACCACUCGUCCCCGCCUCCUCUCCUACCCUUCCUCCGAUAACCUCGAGUCCUCCUUUGUCGCCGGAGACGAUGAAGACAGCGAGAAGAGCGAAGUCCUCCGCCUCGAGCAGGACAUUCUCUCCGACCUGGCCGACAGCAACCGCUUCUUUGUCCACGAAACUAAGGACUUCUGGCGACAGAUCAAGACUGCUGGCUCUGCCGUGCCCGCCAACGCCCUCUACCUCCAGAAGGCCUUCCAGGCCCAGUCUGAGGAGCUCACCCCUCCCUCCGCUACCAUCGUGCCCCCGGUCUACAUCCACCCUACUGCUACCGUCGACCCCACCGCCAAGCUUGGCCCCAACGUCUCCAUUGGCGCCCGAGUUGUGGUCGGUGCUGGUGCCCGUGUCAAGGACUCCAUCGUCCUGGAAGACUCCGAGAUCCGCCACGAUGCUUGUGUGAUGCACUCCAUUAUUGGUUGGAGCAGCCGCGUCGGCGCCUGGGCUCGUGUCGAGGGUACUCCCAUUCCCAUCGGCAGCCACUCCACCAGCAUAAUCAAACAGGGCGUCAAGGUGCAGAGCAUCACCAUUCUCGGCAAGGAGUGCGGCGUUGGUGACGAGGUCCGCGUGCAAAACUGCGUCUGCUUGCCGUACAAGGAGCUGAAGCGGGACGUCGCCAACGAGGUUAUCAUGUAAAUGCCCGCGAAUCGAAUGUCUGAUUUAUUUGCUUCAAAAAUACCACAUCCAUCUUGUCAAUAUCGAGCGUCAUAAUGUUGUCUUUGCCAUUGGAUGGUAAUCUGGUUGAUUUCGCUUUCUGUUCCCGUCAUGCCCAUCGCUAGAACGAUGCCAUGCGUAUUACAGAGUCGUUAGAGAAAAAGAAAUCUAGAUGAUCUACCAGCUGUCUCAACCCCCUUUUCAUAUCAUGUCAUCCGAGAAAAUAUGCCAAGUAACGCCGUCAUGCCCAUGCAAUCAAUAUCAAAAUCAGUUUGAAGCCAGUCAGAUCACACGCAACCCAGGACGUAACAUAGCCAAAUCUAUCAUAAAAAGGUUCCUGCUUGAGUAGGACCGCCGAGGAGAGAUAUCACACAUGAUGCUCAAAACGAGCAAAUCAAUCCCCUCUCCUCACCGAUAAGCCGCAGGAUCAUACCCCGUCUGCUCAGCGGGAUGCUGAUACCCCUGUCCAAAGCGCACCCUGGCAGCCCCCUUCCUCCCCUCUGCUGGCUGCGGCACCGAGUCAUAUCUCCCCCCAAGCCCCUCUGCACUCGAAUCACGUCGCUCCGCCAACUUCACAUCCCACGGAUCCUCGCCCACCGCCGCCGAACUGCCCAUCGGCCCAUAAGCGCCCAGCCGAGUCUGUCUCCGCCUAACCACGACAUCCAACCAAAUCGCCGCGAUAUAAGCCGCAGUCCCGACGACGGUGAAUGUGAAGAGAGCCUUGUACGAGCGGCAGACGGAGAGGGCGGUGGAGGUGGCCCAGUACGUCGUUGUGCAUUUGGUGAGGAUUGUGCCGGACAUGCUGUAGGCGAGGAGGGCGAGAGAGAGGAGCCAGAGGAAGAGGAGGGGGAUGUUGAGGGCGAGGGAGAAUUUGGGGGAGAGACCGCAGCAGCAGUUUGAGAGGCUGGUGAGGAGGGUGGUGAGGAGGGAGAGAAGGGAUGUAACUAGGAGCUGGUGUUGAGGAGGGGUUGUUAGUGGUUGCAUUUGUGUUUGGGGUGAUAGGGUGAGGACAUACGACUAGGAAGGCGAAGGGCAAUUUGUACCCGUCGGCGUGGAGAUGGUAGAUGAAUAUGGCGAGGAUAAUGGUGACGACGAACGAGGAGAGAAAGCUCACGAAGCGAAUGCCGUGAAAGGGCAGCGUUGGAUAGUCGGACGGUUUGACUGAGGCUCGCGACCGCAUUGUGAGUUUCUGGAUGGGUGUGUUUCCUAUGGAGAGGGUUGAGCGUCCGAGAGAUGUGUAGGAGGGGAAGAAUGUAUUAAGUUUCAAAUCCACAAGUGUCCUGCCGUGCUUUGCCCCGGAGACGAGGCAGGCUGUAAAGUGUAAACACGCUAUUUCGAUCGGCGCUCCACUUGACACGUCGGGGCGUGCGUCAUUCCCGCCUAUUUUUAUCUGCCGCACGUUGAUUGGAUUUUUU